AUGGCUAUCUCUCCGAUUGUUCCUGGUAUUAAGGCCAGUAUCGUAGUCAACGGACAUAAGAUCGCUGAGUACGACGACCCCAACGCACAGGGACAGGUUGUGUACAAAUAUGUUGAAUGUGUGGAUAACGCCGAAUUCAAAAUCCACAUCCACGUCACAAACGAAUACCGUUGGAACCAUCCCGUAACACACGGGUUAAACAUCAGAUGUUGGGCUGACGGACGCCUUCUUACGAAUGACUUCAUACUUCAAGAUUCUCUUGUUGACAAUGAAGCCACGAUGGUCGUGUACGGUAUUAGGAACGUGAUUACUACAAUGGGAGUUGCCACCGUUCAAAAAUGCAGAUUCAGCCCCAUCGCCACCAUCGUAAAUGCGACAGGUGAUUGGAUCAACAAAGGAACGGCGGUUAUUCCAUACCUUGGAACCAUCACCGUCGAAGUUCGUAGGGUUGUCCAGCGGCGCCCCGCCGGGCCGGCCGAAGAUGCGCGAGCAUUUGUGUCUGAGGAGGCUAUGGCAGGCAAGUCAAUUACGCAUGGGACAACAUUUUCACCGUCGAUGAUGGAAACCGAUGUCGUGUCAUGCCCCGGAGAUAACAACAACCCAGUUGCAACCUUUCAUUUCCGCUACAGGUCAAGAGAUGCCCUACAGCAAGCAAUGAUCAUUCCCGGACCACAUUGAUCUCCCCUUUCUGUUGCUCACCUACACUUCAAGGGGUUCUUUACGAGGUUAUAAAUCGACAAGAUGAUAAGUCGUAUCGGAGGGAUCAAUAUAUUAAGCAGUACGUAAUAGUGGGAGGCAACGCCGGGGGGGUUGGGGAUUAGGACGUAUCUCUGCACUUGCUGAAGAUAGCCUAUUCAGGGAGACCUUCGACACCAUUUACGCGGUAUUAUAUGAAUCUAUUCCCAUAAAUUAAGAACUAUGAGCCCUACUUUCUAUCUUCAUG